UCCCCUCUAGCAUUGGAAUUUCCGAAGAUCCUUUCUUUGUGUUCAUAAGAGAUACGUACUAUCAAAACUUAAAUUUUCUAACCUCAGAUUUAGGCAUUGAAUUGAUAGAUCAGUCAAUCAGUCAGGACAAGUAUUUUUAUAUUUAUGCACUUAUAGAUUUUUAAUAAAAAAACGGGUUUUCUAGGUUCUCAUCUAUAAAUAAAUUUUAGUAGGCCUCAUCAUAGUUAAUAUUGUUGGCUGCCUUCAGUAGCAUAGAAGCUGACCACAUAUUUACGACUCCGACAUACUUCGACUCUGACUCACUUCGAGAAAGUGCACUCAGCUGAUAAAUACGUAACAAAUUACUAUUUUACACGCUUUAAUAGUAAUAUGAUACAGAGUUUAGUUUCUUCAUCCUUGUUGAAGUGUUGACCCAUAUCAAACAUGACGUUAGGUCAUUUGUCAAUCUGUUUAUUUAAUAAAUAGCUCCUUUACAUUUUUUCUAAUAUGAGUCAUUGUGUAACAUCGUCAGUAGGUACGUGUUUUAUAAUUUAUUGUAUUUAAGUUGAAAGAGGAACCUAUCUAAGUAUCUAUGCGUUGAAUCAUGUUUUGAAAAACCCUUGAAGUUAUAAUUAUGUCGUUGCGGCUAUAUUUUGAUUUAUUAAUUUUAAGUAAGUCAACUAAAGAUAGCUUACUUGAAAAUAUAUAUCUUGAACUAUGCUUCAAUCACAAGUAAAGGAAAAAAACUAACAGUUCGCAAAUCCCUAACAGAUUUUUAGAAACGUAUUACAAUACGUAAGUAUCGUAAGCACGCACGUGUUCCGGAAUAAAAAGCUCUAUUAAAACUUUAUGGCUGAGCUUUGUGUUUCUAGUUUUUCUUAUCGCUCUAAAAACAUAAACAAAGUGCAUCAUAUCGACGGAGAAGCAAAAUGUUUACAUACACACGUUAGAAAGAGAUGCAAUUGAGCCCACGUGAGGGACAUCAACAAUAGAUUACAAAAAGUAAGCCUACCUGGAAGGUAAAGGCGCUCGGUUUUUCCGCCCCCGCGCCGCUGCCUCCAGUUCAAGUCAAGUCAGUCUCAUAGAAAGCCUUCUCGUAGGCGAGCGUAUCGGGCCCUCUGUGUCUUAACUUUUAACCGAUAGUUUACAGUUGAAGUAACUUCAUUAGCGGUGAUUUUCAUCGGUGUCUGAGUGGUUUCCUAUCGUAGACAGUGACGCAAUUCGGCAGUUGUUAAUUGCUUCCCGUUUAACCACCUGCCGCUCUACCCGUUCGCGGCCGGUGUCUUCCCGCCGAAAACACCUUUAUAGCUAAAUAGGUGCGAGUAAUAAAACUUUUCUAAGCAUACUUGAACGUAACUUGCGAGUGGAGUGGAAUCCAAAUGUUAAGUCGAUUGGACGUGUGCAGUUUACUUAUUGCCUUAUACGAAGUUGUCGCGGACUGCGAUUGAUAGAGAUAUGUAUAUUUAGCGCGCGGCCAUUGUCUUCGAUCACGACUGGUAUGGAGAUUGAAUCUAAAUGAGGGAUCGAAUUCAAUUAAUUCGCUGACUGACGAUCGUGUUCGUGUUCAGUGCGAGCUAUGCGGACUAGUCGGUGAAAUGAUCAAGUUUCGGUACAAGCGUAAGGAAACGAACGAUGGAGGGAAAGGCGGGACGGCGAUACAGAAGCAGAAGAUCGAAGUUUUGAAGGACAGGGAGCUGCUGCCUCCUAAGGAUUUGAUAGGCGGUUCGCUCGCCGGCGUGCGCCACAACACGCUUCCGCGCUCGCGUCCGCCCUACGCUGCAAGACGAGACCCACCCGAAUCACUUCUAAGUCAAACCACUUUGUCUCUUUUCAAAGAGUUAUUCGCCCAGCUGCAAUGGUCUGCAGAACGAGCGCCAGCGGCCGACAGUCUUCGAAGGGCGUUAGGCGGUGGAGGAGCUCGCUUCCAACUCGGCUGCAUGGCCGACGCGAGCGAAUGUUUCGAGCACCUUCUUCUACGUGUCCAUGCUCACGUGGCCGCCGGCAGCGGGGACAAGCGAGACGAUGACGCUUGCAGGGCACCACAUUGCGUGCCCCAUAGGAAGUUUGCGAUGAUGCUGGUGGAGCAGUCCGUUUGCGGUGCCUGUCAAGCUACUUCGGAACCUCUGCCUUUUACUCAGAUGGUUCACUACGUGUCUGCAACUGCUCUCACCGCGCAGGCAGCUCUUGGCGAACAUGGCGACAGCUUCGGCCUGCUACUGAAAAAGGCUGGAGGCAUGGGCGAUAUACGAGAAUGCCCUAACGCCUGCGGAGCCAAAAUACAAAUCUGCAGAACAUUGAUGAAUCGUCCUGAAGUUGUAUCUAUUGGAAUGGUUUGGGAUUCCGAGAGGCCAGCUGCCGAACAUGUAGCAGCGGUUUACGCAGCAUUGGGUACUGAAUUACGACCCACGGACGCAUUCCACGCAUGCGUUGACAGAGCUUGGGCUGCUCGCGCCACCCAUCAACUCGUUGGUCUUGUCACAUAUUACGGCAAACACUACUCGACUUUCUUCUUCCAUAGUAAGCUAAGGUUAUGGAUUUACUUCGACGAUGCUGACGUCAAAGAAAUCGGACCAGAGUGGUCACAAGUCGUUGAGAAGUGCAAAAGAGGUAGAUUUCAACCUCUCUUACUUUUGUACGCCGCAGUAGAUGGAACGCCUUGUGAUACACGACACGCUCCAAAAGAUGUCGUGCCAUUCCCCGCACCCGAGCCGCGAAGAGCCGUCACCCCCGCUCCUGAACGACCGAUGGCCGGUUACGCCAGGAGAGCUGUCACUCCGGGCCCGGAUAAUGAUAGCGAUUAUGUGAGCAGAAAAACUGUCGAGAACAUGCUCGAUGCUCAAGCCAGUCGACGGGCACAGUUAGCAAGAAGUCUGAGCACGAGCUCCGCUUCUGAUACACAGGAGAGACCUAGAGCACGCAGAGAUUCGGGCAACUGGAGUGGAGAUAGAAACAGUGCAUCGUCUGCUUCCUCUUCGACAGUUGAAAGUCCAUACAUGUAUCCGAGAGGACGAGGGCCUGGUAGCAUUCCGAGUAGUCCGACUAGAAAGGGAGAAUUAUCUAGCGGUGGUUCAUGUGACGCUGGUUAUGAUUCUUAUUCCUUAUCGUCAACCGACAGUCUUCCCCUUCAGCAAGGGUUAAGACAUAAUUUACAACUUGCUCAGAUUCCGGAGCUGACCACUCGAGGGGAUUGUGAAGCACUUUGUCUAGAAGCAGAUAGGUUGUUAGAGAAAUCACGUCAUGCUGAAGAUGCAGCUGAUUACGAAACCGCUCUUGUACUUUGCGAUGCUGCAGCGGCUAAAGCUCGCGCAGCAAUGGACGCACCUUAUAACAAUCCGCAUACGAUGACAUUUGCUCGAAUGAAACACAAUACUUGUGUGAUGCGGGCUCGUAGCCUCCAACGACGUAUGGCUGGUAUGAAUAGGGUCACGGAAAUUCCACAAUCAGCGGCAGUGAGAAACACUAAAUGCGGCCUCGAAAGUUCACCUACAACUAUCGAAAUUUACGCAACGUUGCCGAAAAAGAAGGGUUCAACUAAAAAAUCACCUAAAAAUAUAGACGAUGAUAUAGACAAUCCUCCUAGAGAACGUCCACCACGACAUAAAUCUCGAGAUGAAGAUAAAGUAAGAGAAAAACGUUCAAGGAGCGAAGACCGCAGUCGCGCUCGAAAAGAAGUAUCCGUAGCUCCUGAGAAAAAGGAAGAGCCAGCCGAAGACAAGAAGGCAAACAAAAAGCAGCAUAAAAUUCGCAGAAAACUGUUAAUGGGUGGAUUAAUUAGAAGAAAAAACCGUUCCAUGCCGGAUUUGACGGAAGGAGCCGACGCUAACAAUGACACUAAAAAUAAAGAAGUACGCGUAUCUUCUGUAGAUGAUGCAGAUGUAGGAAGAAGAAAAGCUGAGGACAAAAGUAAUUUGAGUGGUUAUUUGUCUGAGGGACAUUUAGAAUAUUCAGCGGCGAGUGGUACAAAUCCUAAUUUAGAGAGGAGCAAAUUAAUGAGAAAAAGUUUUCAUGGAAGCGCUGGUAAAAUACUAACUGCGGCAAAAGUACCUCCACCGCCACCACUGCGAACGACUUCUCAGCUUAGCGGGACUAAGUUUGAAUCAGAAGUAAUAGAGCACGGCAUCCAAUCACGGCCACCACAACCUUUACCACCUUCUACUCAAGGCGAAUAUUCUUAUACUCAAGAUAACGAAGAAGAUGGUGGGUUCUCUGAACAAUAUGGUGAAGAACAUCAAUCACUGCCGUUUCUUCCAUCUUAUGAUGACAAUUCAAUGAAUCACUACAACAAUAGACUAGACGAUUCACCAGAUACAUCCCAAAAUUUCCAUACAGUUGUAACUAAAGCUAUGAUCCAUCAAGAACAGAGCCCUGUUAAAAGAGAUACCAUGCCUAACAUACUACCAACUCAGCAAAAUAUCCAAAAUCUAUCUCACGUAUUUGAUAACGGCGUGGAUGUUGUCGAUUGCGCAAUGCCGAAUAGGAGAUCUCCGCCAAUGUUCGAACUACCACCGUAUCCCAGUCCAAUGAAUUCUGUCAACCACUCAAGACAACCAAGUGAAGAGUUUCCUCCACCUCCACCACCAAUAGUUAUAGCACAGCAAAACUUAGUGCAAUUACAGGAUGAACUUCUUAAAUUACAACUACGUAAUAAUAAUGUCGAUGCUAUUAAUUAUGCCAGGUACAACGAUAAUGAUAGAGAUAUACAAAAAGAUUCACUUCUGGCUCAGUUACAAGAAAAAAGAAAUGAAAUUCUUAGAAAUGAAGAAUGUAUCACAAAGCUUAAUCAAUUAGAAACUAUCGGCACACCUGGAGAUAAUUGGCUUAGAGAAUUACAAGCAAAACAAGCGGCUUUAAGAUUAAAACGGUCUGGUUCUCUCGAUUGCCAACUCUCGAAUAGCAACGAAAACACAACACAAACCUUUGAAAAUAAUAACAACGUCAGGAACAUUGCUUCAAGAUUUGAACACAAUACGCAAAGUGCAUCUAAUGAGGGGGAGCGAACUCAUGUCGGCUACGUCGGUAUCGGUGGAAGCCGUGAUGUCAUUAAUUGUUCCAAUCAGACAAAUAGUAGGAUGUACGGGAGACGUGCUUCAUCGUCAUCUAUUGACCCGAAGUAUCCCGAAGACGAAGACCAAAAGAACGUAAAUGAUACAAUUUAUGGUGACCGAACGAAACCUAAGAAAAAGACAGUUUCUUUUUGUGACCAAGUUAUAUUAGUUGCAACUGCAGAAGAUCAAGAAGAUGAUAGUUAUAUACCCAAUCCGAUUUUAGAAAGAGUGUUAAAGUCUGCAAUGAACAAACCAGAACUUACAACAAUUCCCCUACAAACAGAUAAAUCUUCCCUUCAAAGAACGGAAUCAUUCGAUAGUCAAUCUUCGAGAUCUACGAUAUCAACGUUAUCUCAAGCAUCCUACGCACCCAAUGAUAGCGGCCACGCCGAUUAUUAUAGAGUACAGAAUUCUUACCCCACGUAUGAAAUUGCUCAAACACGGCCACAACAACAAUUUAAUCCUCAGAAAAGUACGUCUGUACAUGGUACUAAUUCACCAGUGCUAUCGAACCCGAACCCAAAUUUAUCGAACAAUAACCAGAUUUAUCAAGCUCUUCCGGCUAGUUCUCAACAGAAUACAAGUAACCCGAUACCUUAUAAUCAACCGCCAUCUGCAUAUUCCAAUCAAAGCAGCACCAGCCCACCGAACUUUAGCCAAAAUCCUGCAAACAGACUGACACCUACGCCGCACAACGCUCCCUAUAUGACUAAACAUGUUCCAAACAUUCAAAGACCUAUGCCGAAUUCUUACCCGCAUCCCACUAACCAAGUACACCAAACACAAAACAACAAUUAUUAUCACCUAAGACCUUCGCAGACUUCUGCACCUUAUCCUGGCUACUACAACCCACCGACCAGUUACGCUAACUCAGAUUACUCUAGUCGAUACCCCCAAGUGAAUAGUACAAAUCAUUAUAAUAAUAACCAUUCGGUUUACCAACGAGUUCCACCGCCCCACGGGGACGUGCCCGUCGAGAACUAUAAUAACAAUAACUACCAGAAGAUUCCUAAUAACUAUUACCUCGACAACAACGCGAACAACCAAAGUCGCAUCAGUGAUGCAAGGCACUACACAAAUUCUCAACAGCGCACCCCAAUGUACAACCAAUCUUCGGAUAACGGUCCAAGUGUUGAGCAAUAUCAGUAUUCCCAAAAUGGUUAUAACCCAUAUCAACACUUGCCGCCACCGAAACAGAUGCAGAAGAAAUCGGUGUCCUUCGAACCGGGGACAAAGGGAGGGACGGACUCCCCUGUGCCGCCCCAGAUGACUGGAAACUAUGCGAGCGACACUCAGGCAACGUCAUUGAUGUCUGGCCAGAAACCGCCUUGCAAUUUGUGUCGUAAAAAAACCGUCAACCCGCCGGCGAUAUACUGCCCAGAUUGCGAUUAUUACAUGUCAAGGUUCAAACCCCGCUCAUAGCAUUCAUGACUAUGACGAAAUACGAAUAAAUCCUACCGAUUGAAAAGAUUUUAUAAAUAGAUAGGUAGUUAGUUGUUAUUUAAUAAAAUGUAAACAGCGAAUGUAAAUUAUGCUAAUGAAUUUAAUGAGAGAUAGGUAAGAGUAUUUGAUAAGGUACAAUAAAUUGAUAAGAAUACAAUAUUCAAUGAAGUGAAUACGACUGAUCUCAAUUAAGCCUUUUAAAGAUUAUUCCCUUCUUUAAAUUACCUAAUUAUUCAUAAGUAUUUUUUUCCUGCCUGUUCUAUAGAACCAAGUAUAUUAAUUUGUACCUAGAUAAGCUAUUUUUGUAUGCAACAUUUUAAAUACAUUUUGUUACUCUAAAAUUUACUUAAAUAAAAUAUAAUAAUUUAAAAAUAAU